GGAGCCGGUUGAAGCUGAAGGGGACGCGGCGUCCCUCUGCUGGCAUGUGAGAAGUAACAUGGCACCUUCUAUUAGCAUGAAAUAUGGACUUUUAACCAGCAGAAGGUCGCUUUGUAGUAAGAUAUUUCCACUUGCCAGAUGUAGACAGAGACCGACAGAGAUUAAGAGUCUGAGCUCGUCUACUAAUUCAAGCUCGCAACACGACGAAAAGUACUGUAUUGAUCUCGUCAGAUCACGAGACUAUGAAGGCUUUGUGUGCUCUCUGCUUGUUCCCGAGGCUGCUCGCCGCUCCUCCAUGGCGCUGAGGGCUUUCAAUGUGGAACUGGCACAGGUUAAGGACUCUAUCUCUCAGAAGACCAUUGGUCUAAUGCGAAUGCAGUUUUGGAAGACUGUGGUGGAGGAUAUCUACAGAGAUGACCCUCCUGUCCAGCCUGUCAGUGUGGAGUUGUGGAGGGCAGUGAGGAAACACACACUGACGAGGAGAUGGCUGUUAAAGAUCAUAGCUGAAAGGGAGAAGGACAUGGAGGACAGAGCGUACAGGAACCUUCAGGAGCUGGAGUCUUAUGCAGAGAACACUCAGUCUUCGCUCCUUUAUCUCCUGUUGGAGACUCUAGGAGUGAAAAAUGUCCAUGCAGACCAUGCUGCCAGCCACAUUGGCAAAGCACACGGGAUUGUGACGUGUCUACGAGCCACUCCCUACCACAGCCAGAGACGCAAGGUCUAUCUGCCCAUGGACAUCUGCAUGCUGCAUGGUGCAUCUCAGGAAGACUUCAUCCGUGGCAGCAGAGAGCAGAAUGUCAGGGAUGUUGUGUAUGACAUUGCCAGUCAAGCCCAUAUCCAUCUUCAACACGCUAGAUCAUUCAGUAAAAAUGUUCCCGAUGCUGCCAUGCCUGCUUUUCUGCACACAGUCGCUAUUGAGGACUACCUGGAGAGAGUGAGGAAAGUAGACUUUGAUGUCUUUCAUCACAGCCUGCAGAGGAGGAACCCACUACUGCCCAUCCAGCUUUAUUUUCGAUCAUGGAAAAAGUCAUACUGAUAUAUUUUUUAAAUAUAGCUCUUACAUUCAUGUUGCAACUGAUGAUCCAAACAUAGACACUGUGUGGCGUAAGGAAUUGUAUAGAUGCACUUCCAUCUUUUUUGAUAUCAGUUUUCUGAUUGUUGGCACUAAAUGAAGUCAUUACUGGGAACGAGUUACUCACUGAGUAGAAUUUCCUCAAAAACCAACAAGAACAUAUUGUAUCAGUCUAGGAAAGGUACCUUGAACUGGUACUGUUGUUAGAUGUUUGAAAUUCAACCCGAAACUAUUUUUCCUGCUGAUUCUUAAUCACACUAUGUAUUUAGUCAUGAACCCACCAAUUACGUGUAGUUUGUUUGCAAUGAAACCAAGUUUUGCAAAAUUGAGUGUUUUAUUCAUUUAUUUAUUUAUUGUUUUGUUUACUUAAUGAUGCAAAUCAGAGAUUUGAGAACAGUGCAGCAGCUUAACCAUUGAAUUUGUCUAAAUCAAUGAAAGAAUUGGAUUGGGGCAAGUUUCACAUCUUAUAAUUCGCACAGUGUUCAUGCACAGAGCCUGAAUACAAAAAGCAGCAGUCAAUAACACGAAACAACCUUAAGCCUGGUCUAUUGAUUGCUGUAGUGUUGCUGUUAUUGUGAGACUGCUAAUUUUGCUCACAGUGGGGCAAACUUUUAUUUAGGAAAUAAAACAUACUCUUUGAUCAGUGAGUAAUUAGGCAUCAGUCAGGUGUAAAUGAAAUGUCUUUGCUCAUACCUGAUUACAACAAUUAUCCAUAUUUGUUUUCCUCAGCCCUCCUGGCUUCAGAAUCUAGCUGUGUCCAUGGUGAUUCACUGGAACACCCCAGACUUUUAGAACUGUUGUGUUCUUAUGUUGCAGCAUAUUUACAAAAACAAACAAACAAAAAAAAACAUAAAAGAUCUGUCAGUGUGAACGCAUUAGAUGUCAGUAAACAGAAAGCUACAUCUGUGGUUCAGAAGAUCAGAAAGCUGCAGCAAAUAGCCUUUAUUUAUGGGGGAGCAUAUGUUCUAUGCAUGUGUCCUACACUCAGUUUUCAAAAUGGAAAACAUGAAACAUCAGUGUGGUCAGCCGGCAGUCGUGCUAACAAUGGAAUCUUUGAUUACAUCCUCAGUGACGACACCCGCCCUUCAUUUCAGAACUGUUUUUAACUUGCCCUUGUCAACUUGUACUCACUAUUUCCCUAUUGGGCAGUAUUAGCUCAAAAGACACCAUGGAGUAGCGAGAGACUGAGUCAGUGUAAACAGAUGUCAGAAGCAGAACUUUCCCAGACAUUGCUAUUCGAUGCAACAUCCAUUUUUAUUGCAAUUACUCUCAAUAAAGUUGGUUCUGCCUUGGUUAUUUGGAAAAGAAUGGUGCCAUUUCAAACCACAAGUUCUGCAUAGAAACAUUUCAUGCUUAAAAGGUUCUUUGCUUGGGAAAAAGGUUCCUUAAAUUUAUGGAGAUGGUGUUGUAUGUGGUUCGAUAUAGAACUUUUUUGAAAAUGGUUCUGCUGUCGUUACAAGCUUGACAUCAUAACAAUUGAACACUUUUUGGUAAAUGUGGUGUAUAAGGUUAUAUAUAGAACUAUAUACAACAUACUCUCCAUUAAACUGAAGAAACAUUUCACCAUACAGAGAACCAUUUAAUGGUAAUUUAUGGUGCUAAACAGAACCCUUGAAGAACCAUCUUUUGGCAUUGGAUUUGCAUUCAAAUGUAGUAAAGUACUGCAUUUGAAUGCAAAAAGGACUCUGGAAACAGGAAGGGCACUGCACCACACUUUAUUUCUACACUGGUAGUAAUAAAGAUACUGUGCAGGUACAUUUUUCGUGACAUUUA